UAAGAUGGCGGCGGCCGUGAGGCGGGGCGGGGGCGGUGCAGGCCCGAACGGGGCGGGCCGGGAAGCGGCGCAGGAUGGAGGGCGGCGAGCGGCUCGUCCCCAAAGGCUUCCCCAAGCUGAAGAACGACACGUUCCUGCGUGCGGCGCGCGGGGAGGAGACGGAGCACACCCCGGUGUGGUGCAUGCGGCAGGCAGGGCGCUACCUGCCUGAGUUUCGGGAGACCCGGGCUGCACAGGAUUUCUUUGCCACUUGCCGGAGCCCCAAGUUGUGCUGUGAGCUGACGCUACAGCCCCUCAGACGAUUCCCCCUGGAUGCUGCUAUCAUUUUCUCUGACAUCUUGGUGGUGCCCCAGGCGCUGGGCAUGGAGGUUGUCAUGGUCCCUGGCAAAGGACCCACAUUCCCAGAGCCUCUGAAGGAGGUGGAGGAUCUGCUGAAACUACGGCAGAAGGUGGACGUGACCGCGGAGCUGGGUUACGUCUUCCAGGCCAUCACGCUGACACGGCACAGCCUGGAGGGCAAAGUGCCCCUCAUUGGCUUCUCCGGGGCCCCUUGGACACUUAUGUCCUACAUGAUCGAAGGGGGUGGCUCCACUACAAUGUCCAAGGCCAAGAGCUGGCUGUACCGUCACCCCGAAGCGAGCCACCAACUGCUGCGGCUGUUGGCUGACGUUGUCACCGACUACCUGGUGGGGCAGGUGGCUGCUGGGGCGCAGGCGCUCCAACUGUUCGAGUCGCACGCAGGGCACCUGGGCCCAGAGCAGUUUCAGGAGUUCGCCUUGCCGUACAUCCGAGAUAUCGCUCGGGGAGUCAAGAGCAAGCUGAAAGCAGAGGCACUGCCCCUGGUGCCCAUGAUCGUCUUUGCGAAGGACGCACACUACGCGCUGGGUGACCUGGCCCAAGCUGGCUACGAGGUGGUCGGUCUCGACUGGACCAUCCGGCCCCAGGAAGCUCGUGCCCAGACAGGGAAAGACGUCACCCUGCAGGGGAACCUGGACCCCUGCGCUCUGUACGCACCCAAGGAGAAGAUUGGGGAGCUGGUGAAGAAGAUGCUGGAAGGUUUCGGGACCCAACGCUACAUUGCCAACCUGGGCCACGGCCUCUACCCCGACAUGAACCCCGAGCACGUGGGUGCCUUUGUGGAGGCUGUGCAUGCUCAUUCCCGCCACAUCAACAAGCACAGCUGAGCCCGGGGCUUUAGGGACAGGACUGCACUUUGGGCACAGCCACCCUGAAUACGGUGUUGUCACGGGGCUUGCUUCAGGCUGGGAUGCAGCAUUAAACCAGCACCUUUUCUGUGGCA